AAUUUUAAAAUCUUUGACAAAACGAUCAAAAAAUGAUUAAUUUAACUGGAAAAGCGUCAAGUUCGCAAAUUAAAAAGUACAAACUAGUGUUUUUGGGAGAACAGAGCGUGGGAAAAACGUCCAUGAUAACGCGUUUCAUGUACGACAGCUUCGAUACAAACUAUCAGGCGACUAUAGGUAUAGAUUUUCUUUCAAAAACAAUUUAUUUGCACGAUAAGACUGUGAGAUUACAAUUAUGGGACACCGCCGGUCAGGAGAGGUUUAGAUCUUUAAUACCUUCGUAUAUUAGAGAUUCUCACGUAGCUGUUAUAGUAUACGACAUAACAAAUUAUAGUUCUUUUGAACAAACUACCAGAUGGAUUGAAGACGUUAGAAAUGAGAGGGGAAAUAAGGUUUUAAUAAUUUUAGUAGGAAAUAAGGUGGAUUUAGAAAGUUUAAGAAAAGUACCUUCAGAUGCAGCCGACAAACUAGCUAAAGAACUGAACCUGGUAUUUUUAGAGACCAGUGCUAAAUGUGGCUACAAUAUCAAACAGUUAUUUCGUAGAAUUUCGGAUUCCUUACCCGAUUUAGAUCCGGAAUUAGGAGAAGAAAUUCUACAAGAAGUGUCCUUGCAGAAACAGGACACACCUGUUGAGUCUGAGAAAACAUAUUGUCUUUGUUAAAAAGAAUCAUACCAAAAUAUAAUUAUUGUAUUGCUUAAUUUUAUUCAAAUAAUAAUUAUCACAAGGUCUUGC